AUGGUGAGAAGCCAAAUGGAAGCAGAGGCCAAGCGAGACCCAUUCUCCUCCAUAACUGAACUCUGCCGACCGACUGCCUCGCAGGAGGCGAAAUUCUCCAACUGCCCUUUCGCCCGGGAGUCCGAGAACAUCGCCGCCGCGAACUCGGACGAAAUCUCGUCGUCGCCCGAGCCGACUCCAUCGCAGCCGGCCGGAAUCGUCAUGGUUUCACCCCCCGCCAGUGCGACCUCGACCCAGCAGCAAGCGGAGGACGACGCCGUUUUCCUCACGCCGCCGGAGCACCACCUCCCCUCUUACUUCUCCGCCGAUGAUCAAAACCUCGACGGGUCACCCUCCGACGGCGCCAGGCCCCUUGUUCGGCAUGGUAAAGCAAGAAUUGAUAGAUCUUCAGACAGGGGUUUGGAUGACGGGAUCGUUCCGAAUGAAGCUAGGGUUCCGGCGGAGGCACUUGGUGGGGAAACAAUUCCUGCAGACGAAACGGAGGCAGUUUCUGAUGAAACCGAGGCACACCGAGGUGCACAUGACGAGCCUGAGGUUAUAGUUGUGGACAGUAUGGAUUCUGGUGGUGCUGGGGAUUUGGAUGAUGAUUCAAUGGUCAUGAUUAGAGCUGGAGAAAUUGUUGUAGUGCCUAAAACUGGUGAGUUGCCGAAAGAAGGUUUACCUAAGGUUAAGGGCAAUCAUGGAAAUCGUAGGUCAGAGGACAUUGUUGAAGCAUUGGAGGAUAUCAGGGUAAAUAGAAGUAAGGAACUUCAUGAAACUGGCCAUUCCGUAAAUGGAUCAGAGCUUUCUGAAAAGAUCCAUACUGAUGGCAAUCUGAAAACUAAGGGUAAGAGCAUUGAGGAAAUUGACAAGUUCAGAUAUGUUGGUGCGCGUGAUGUCCAAGGAAGUCGGAAGAGAGCAGCUAGUGAUGUUAGUGGGUUAGGAAGAAAGAGGCAUUUACCUGUGACAUUGGAGGGGAAAGGAAAGAGUGUUGAAGACCAGAGUUCAGGGGAGACAAUGGAGUCGAAGAAGGGUUUAUUGGACUUUUUGAAUGUACUGAGGGUUGUUGUUGGAGAUAAGGAUUGUGGUGGUAAAGAUGUUGAGUUUUUAGAGACGGCUAAGAAGAGGGGUUUGACUUUUCCUCGGCCGAGAUGGUGGCCGGACAAGGGUGAUGACGAAAUCUUCUGUUUUGCGAAUUCACAAAAGAAUAAGGUUUUGGAUUGCAUAAUUAUCGGAAAUUGGUUCGGAAAAAGGAAAAGGGGCUUGAUAAUGGGCGUUUGGAAUGCACAUACAUCGAUUGGGAAUAUUACGGGCUCUUUGCUUGCUGCAAAUGAUGAAGCUGCUCAGAAAACGGGGGAGUGUUUGGUUGGGAAUGGGGAGAGGGCCUUGGGGAAUAGGAAAAGUUUAUUCCAUUUGCUCUCUCUCUUUUUCGCGAAGCUGGUUGCUUACACGUUCUUGUAUUGGUUGCCUUUCUACCGUAGCCGAACAGCUAUUGAAGGAGAGUACAUGUCAGUAAAAUCUGCCGGAAAUCUCUCGACUCUAUUCGAUGUGAGAGGAAUAAUCGGUGGAAUUCUUGCUGGUUAUAUAUCCGACAAACUUCGAGCCCGAGCUGCAACUGCUGCAACCUUCGUUUAUUCCGCAAUCCCUGCUAUGCUUCUUUACCGUAAAUACGGAAGUGUGUCUAAAACGAGCAAUGUUGUUCUUAUGGUGAUAGCUGGGUUAUUCGUAAACGGGCCGUAUGCACUUAUCACAACUGCAGUCUCGGCUGAUCUCGGCACUCAUCGUUCGUUAAAAGGCGAUUCUCGAGCACUUGCAACUGUUACUGCUUUAGGUCCUUUAUUGACUGGAUUUUUAUCAUCAAAGGGUUGGGAUGAAGUCUUCUCUAUGCUCAUCAUUGGUGCUUUUGCUGCUGGGCUGCUUUUGACUCAUUUGAUUAUAACUGAAAUAAAUGAGAAGUUUUCGAAACAGUCGUCUGGUGAACAAAAUGAUCAUCCUGCAGGUAAAUUAGCUCUGGUGAACAUAGUUUGCUUCCCUAUAAUUGUGACGAAUCACCACCUCCCACAUGCGCCUCAAGAGGUCCUUGAUAGCCAAAAUCAGACUCCUAUGGUUGAUGAUUUGCAGAACAAGAACCAAGAGCUUGGCAAACAGAUUGAGAUUUGCCAGAAGCUAACGCAAACAGUUCGUGAACUCGUAGAGGCUGUUCUGGCUGGAGGUGCCGCUGCAAAUGCUGUUCGUGAAUACCAAAGAAAAGUGCAAGAGAUUAAUGGAGAAAUGCAACAACUAAGAGAUAAGCUGGCAAUUGCAGACCGUGCAGCUAAGGCAGAAGCACAAAUGAAGGAAAAAUUCCAAUUACGCUUUAAAGUGUUGGAGGAAAGGCUUAAAGCGUGUCCCAACGGCACAAACCGUGCUCCGUCACUAGGAAGCAGUAUGAGCAAUGGGAUUUCACGUAGACACUCACAAGGAGGAUUAGAGAACUUUUCCACACCACCUUCAAAUGUUUUUUUGUCGAGAAAAGCGAGAAUAUCAGGAUCAUCACCCAGAUCAAUAAGUAGUCCAAAUCACGUGAAGAAUUUGUCGAGCUCAUUUUACAGUGAUAGCAGGCUAAAUAAUGGCGAAAAGGUGGUUCCAGAGAGGGAAGACAAUGGGAAUGGGUGUGUUUUGACUGAUAAUAAGCUGAAAAGUGAUGAUGAAGACUGUGUUUCAGGCAUGCUGUAUGACAUGCUGCAGAAAGAGGUCAUAUCACUGCGUAAAGCUUGCGAUUUGAAAGAUCAAAGCCUCAAGGACAAGGAUGACGCGAUUGAGGUUUCGUGA